AUUUCAGUUUUCCCUCAGAUGUGGAUGCGGAAAAUGUAGAAAAUUGGUCGUGGUCGUCGUGGUUUGUCUAGAAAAUGUUUAUCCUAAAAAAAUCGUGUUGAGCUGUGAGCGGCGGUGUGUUUUUUUGCGUGUUGUGUCAUUAUCGUUUAGAACAUUUGUUGUCUAUGAAGAGGAAAACGACAAACAGCGGGAGAACGGGCGGUCGUUGUUACUGCGUCAAACGGUGGACAGACGGGCUAACUAACUAACUGCUAACUAAGUAGCUAAGAAAAUCCUAAUAAGUGAAUAAAUGUGUAACAACAAUUAACUAAUAAAACAAAUACAACUACACUGAUAGCAUACAUUCGGGUGUAUGUGUGUGUCUGCAGGCAUACGUCAACGUGUUCAAAGAUUCCUUAAUCAUAAUCAUCAUCAUAUACCACCAAAGCAUAACUUCACUUUCAUAGACCAAAAAGGCGAAAAACGACUGAAAAAUGGAAUCUUUUGAAGGGAAAAAUUCAUUAAAAAAAAAGCCUUGGUGGUAAAGUGUUAAUAAAUUUUGAAAAUCCAAAUCCAAAUGCAAAACCAAAUAGAAGUGCCGAAAAAAGACUGUACAUUCUUUUCUAACAAAUUGCAAUAAUGUUUAAAUAAAGAAAGCGAAGAAAAAAUAUACCCCACAAAAGAAAAUUCCAAACUAAACCCCGAAAAAAAAGGAUACAAAAGAAGUGAAGAAAAUUUUUUAGUGAACCCAGAAUGUAAAUGCCCUCGAGGCCGUUUACCACAACUGGUUACAUACGACUCCUGCACACACCAAAAAAAAAGUAAAAAAACGAGCAAAAAAUAAGUUUUGAAAAAAUUGAAAAAAAAAAAAUCGGUGCAUAUCACCAGUGUUAAACGAAAAUCCGAAAGUUAAAUAAAGUCUAAAUCGAAAAAAAAAAAAACAAAACCUAAACCGAAAAUACAAAUAUUCCAACAACAACAACAUAAAUGAAAUCCGUUCCAUAACCGUACCGUCUUGUCUUUCCUCCUCUAUAUUAAAAGAAGAAAUAAAUAUAUAAAAAAUUACAAAUAUAUAUAUGUAUAUGAAUACACUCUCAGCUAUAAAAAACAGAAAUUAAUCUAUAUUUAAAUAUAAAUCUUCAUUAUUAUCAUCAUCUCUAUCGUCAUCAUCUUUAAUAUACUACAUAUGUAUAUUCCUCCAAAUGCAAACGCUUCCUAUUUUACAACUUUAUAGUAGUCGCAGAAGAUUGUAGUACUCCUCCUCGUCGUUUGUGAAAAUCAAUGGCCUUAGCUGGAACAGUUGUUGGUGUUGUUGUUUUAUUCGUGGUGAAGUACAAAGCAGGAAUCAUCAUCAUCAUCAUCACCAUCGUUGUCGCCAUCCAGAGUUUUAGUAGAUUGUGACGACGACGGCGAGAUGGCAACAAUGUCGUCGAUAUAGGCAGUAACAUCAAAGGAUACGUCAAACUGUGUGGAUUUUAAGCAAAGGAAUUAAACAAAAAAACAACAGCAACUAAAAAACCAAACAAACAAUAUUUCACACACACACAUACAUUUCUUAUAAAUUAUGGGCUGUGGACAAAGUAAAAUUCAUCUUUAUCCUCGUAAAUCGAAAAGUAAAGCAAAUGGCAAAAAAGGAGGACAUGGCGAUUCAGAAGCCGAAACAGACGAAGAGGAAGGCCAUAUCGAAGAUGCCGAAAAUCGUGAACGCGAUCGAAAUGAAGACUCUGAAGAGAAUAGCAAUAAAGAAUCCAAUGAAACGGACGAAGAAGUUUCGGUGUCACUGCUGCGGGCCAGAAACCUGUCCCUGUUACAGAGCCAGGAGAUAUCCAGCAGUCAGCAGAACUUUUUCCGUAUGUUGGAUAAAAAAAUCGAAGAGGGACCGGACUACGAUUCAAAUAGCGAAACCGAAAUAGCCCUAGAGGAAGCUCGCCUAAAUGCCUUGGUCCAGCAUUGGGAAUCGGCCAGCCUAACAGCUUCCAUGUGUUCCUCAGCUAGUCGUUCGCUGCAAACAACACCAGUACGCCAGACACCGGCCAAACAACUGAUCCAGGCAACGCCCCGCGCCAUGCUAACGACGACGGCUAUACCACCACAAGUUCUUAACUCAGAGUUUCUACCUCAUCCUGGUGCACCAGCAACUGGCGUCAGUCAGCUGGGAGCGGGUGCGGGUACACUCAAACUUACGCCUAGUAAGCAAAUAACCAUUCCUCAAAUGAAUUCGGGCAUGCUGCACCAGAUAUCGGUGAUGCCCCAAAUACCGAUGAGCAUUAGUGCGGCCGCCGUUGUGGACAGUGCGGCGUCGGUGAAUAUGGCCACAGUCAAUGUGAAUACGUCCAAUGCCCUGGCUAUAAUGCAGCAGCAGCAACAGCAGCUGCAAACGACACCACAACCACCUCCCAAUGCACAAACGACACCGCAACAGUAUAUGUUGGCCAUACCGGCUGGAUCGUCGCCACUCCUGGGCAAAACUGGUCAGGUUAGUCCCAAACGUUUGGCCGAUGGUCGUUUGUUGAUUAAUUCUAGUCCGUUAUCGCAACAACAACAACAACAGCAAAUGCAACAACCCCCGCCGACCAAUCCCAUACACCAGCAGUUUAUGACCGCUACCCCGCCAAAUUUACAAACAUCAGCAGCAACAACAACAACACCACUCAAUUACGUCAAUGGAGGAAGAGCGGCGCCCCAAUCGGCCGUAAACAUGCAAUUGGCCUAUUAUGGCCAGGCGGUGCAAAUGCCGCCCACGCCACAGCAACAGCAGGCGGUGUUGCAACAAUAUGGAGAUGUCAUAACUCAGCAACAACAACAGCAGCAGCAACAACAACAACAGCUCCAACAGCAAUAUGAACAACAGCAACAACAAACUCCACAUGGCCAAAUACAAACAUCAUCAUCAUUGUCAUCAUCAACAUCUUCCGCAUCGUCAUAUUAUGGUGAUGUAGUUGUACAACAACAACAGCAGCAGCAACAGCAUAAUGUUCAGACAUCAAAUACUGAAUAUAGGUUCCCACCUGCCAUCAGUGUGCAACGUUUAGCACCUCAGGUCCAACGGCAAAUACGCGAAACCCAGGAACUCAUCAAAGACUCAUGUCCACAACUGUAUACGGCUGGCUAUGGCAGUCCAGGGCCACCACCGUUGCGCAAUCAGACAGCCGUUAAUGCACGCAAUCAUCCCAACAGCCGAAGACCCAACCUGGAGACACAAUUCUCGCAGGAGCUCUCGUGAUAUAUAAAUAAUUAGCAGCAAACACAACAACAACAAUAAAGUUAUAUUUAAAAACAAAAAACAACAACAAGAAAAGCCAAACUAAAAGAACAUUCGAUGAAAAAAGAAAAGGAAAACACAAAACACUAAAGGAAAAAAAACAAAUUAUUAAAAAAAAAGUAAACUACAAACUAGAAAUCUAGAAUAUCUAAAAACCAGGGCUAUUCGAGUGAAUAUUCCCGCUGGACAAUUGUUAUCUGCCACAUGUGGUGGUGUAGUGUAUAUUUUUGCGGUCCUGUGCAAUGGGUUCGGCGUUGGAGCCAAACAAAUACAUGCAUACAUACACAUAACAAAUGAAAUGGAAAGAAAGAAAAUAAAGAAAUGUACUCUCUCUCAAUUUCACAUUGCUGGUUCAUAAAAUUAAGAAACACAGACACCUACACACACACAUUCAUCACAUCUAUAAAGCCAAAAUAGUUAUAAAUUCUGUUAUAAAAAAAGACAACAACAACCAAACGAUGUUACAAAGUAAAAGAACUGCGCUCAUGCCACAAUCCAUUACCGCAUUUACAACAUGGAGACAGACACACGCCUCCUGCUAGCCAUGCAUUAAUUCAGUGAUCCCUGUGCCAGAAAUCGCGUGAGUUGUAAAGCUCGCAUUUUUGUCGUAAAAAGGUGAUAACAUUUGCCGAAAAGCUAAUGGAGACAAUGUGUUGACUUUUUCAGAUUAUGAGGUGGCACCAAAAAUGUUUGGAAAUUGUGCUUUACAGAUGGAGCGAAGCGUCAUAAAAUUGUUCACGAUCUAUAAAAAGCCGAAUCAGAGCCGAAUAUAAUUUUUUCAUAUGCUUUGGGGGAAAACCCCACUUGCGGAAAAAUUGUCAUCGGCAGAUAACUUCUUGAUUGCCUAAGUCCAUGUCUUUACAUGGUCUACAAAAACGCCUUUGGCCUUCUAUAA